AUGAGUCCUGUGCUUCCUAUGGUGGGCCCAAUUACUCUUGCACCACCCUCUUCUACUGUGCUUCCUAUGAUGGAACCAGUUGUUCUUGCACCACCCUCUUCUACUGGGACUAUAGAACCCACUAUCACCAAGGAUAAGGACGUGCAUGUUUAUGUCCGGGACAUAGACAGACAACAACUUAACUGGAUACAAGAGACCACUUCUACUACUCCACUGCCAUCUCCUGCUUCUGAUGAGAGUCUAGAUGGGUCUAUUGAGCGUUACAAGGCAAAACUUGUGGCAAAAGGAUUUACUCAGACAUAUGGCAUUGAUUAUCAGGAGACCUUGGUACCCGUGGCUAAGAUGAAUUCAGUCAGAGUACUUCUCUCUCUAGCAGCUAAUCAUGAUUGA